AUGGAAAACAGAAAGGAGAUGGUGAUGCUCGCGGAGGGAGGUCAACUUGGCACCGUGGUUGGCAAGACGGGCUCUAAUUUCUCGGAAGCAGUUGGAAGACCCGCACAAGAACCGCAAGGAAAGACGGUCCACAGGAACUGCCUGAGCCCGGGUUCUUCACCCUACUCGCGAGACAGAGCGGACGAGGAGGUGGAGGGCGCACAGGGACGCGUGUGCGCUGAUGUAAGGCCGGUUGGCAUGUCUUCUUCUACCGAGAGACACCGGAUGGAUCGCACCAACAAAGAAACCAGCAGCUCGGACACUGAGUCAGACUUCUAUGAGGAAAUUGAUGUGAGCUGCACGCCAGAAAGCAUGGACUACCCCAAUGGGAAAGGUCGAAACGGUGAUUCCCCCUGCCACCCGGUUGACAGCGGCAUGGAUCUUGGUAAGAUGGGUUCGGGACAGGGCUCGCUGUCCUACGGGGCCGACGCGAUGCGACGGUACCGGACAGCAUUCACUCGGGAGCAAAUCGGCCGGUUGGAGAAGGAAUUCUACCGGGAGAAUUACGUGUCCAGGCCGAGGAGAUGUGAACUGGCGGCUUCACUAAAUUUACCAGAGACCACAAUCAAGGUGUGGUUCCAGAACCGCCGAAUGAAGGACAAGCGGCAGCGUCUGGCCAUGACGUGGCCUCACCCUGCCGACCCCGCCUUCUACACCUACAUGAUGAACCACGCGGCCGCCACUGGGAAUCUCGGUUACUCCUUCCCGUCCCACCUGCCAUUACCGUAUUACUCCCACCUUGGGGUCGGAGCCGGCUCGGCCUCCUCCGCCACCCCAUUCUCCAACCCACUCAGGUCCCUCGACAGUUUCCGGAUGUUGUCUCAUCCCUACCAGAGGCCGGAGCUGCUGUGUGCGUUCAGGCACCCAUCCCUGUACCCCAGCCCGGCCCACAGCCUCGGUCCCGGGGGGAGUCCCUGUUCCUGCCUCGCCUGUCACUCCGCUCAAACAAACGGCUUUCCACAGAGGCCCACCGGGUCAGACUUCCCGUGCUCCCCAACGACCAGGACUGACGCGUUUCUGACGUUUACACCGUCGGUGCUGAGCAAGUCCUCGCCGGUGACUUUGGACCAGAGAGAGGAGGUGCCAUUGACCAGAUAA